GCUGGAUUGAAUGUAGCAGGACUGAAACAACAAAUCGUGUCAAGCGCGGAUACAGCAGGCGUCCAUUGCAACCAAUCAGAUCACUGCUUUAAUUGUUACAUAGGGCAGUAUAAAAAGGCUAUUUAUAGUCAAAAUGCAAAUGAAAAAGUUCAGACUGAGGAGAAGCCGAGAGAAUAGGAGCAGAUGAGAAUGACUGUACAUCUCAUCCCCAAGACAGCCUGACAAUGCCAGACACCCUCAUCAGCUGAAGGGUCUCACCAGCUACAUGAGUGGGCCACACAGUGGAAGCGACCAGCUGUCCUGUGUAUGGUCCAAAAUGAUGUCUCUGAUGCUCCUAGUUUGGGCUGUUCAAUGCUCAGCAGAUAACCUUGUCAGCAGCACAGUUCAUGGAGAGUCUUACUACCUAAAAGGCACCUCUCAGCUUUCUUGUAGCUUACCAGGACCACAAGGGCCACCUGGAGUGCCAGGACAUCCAGGAUCAACUGGUACCAUUGGAAGAAUGGGGUUUCCAGGAAAAGAUGGGAAAGAUGGAAAAGAUGGAGAAAAGGGAGUAAAAGGCGAUGACGGUACCCCUGGUAGAGUUGGGAACCCAGGAAAACAAGGUGGCAAGGGUAAGCAGGGUGCCAUAGGAAGAGCUGGCCCAAGAGGUCCCAAAGGUAUCCGUGGUGAUCCUGGAAAGGUGGGGGAAGGAGGAAUGAAGGGUCCAAAAGGAAAAAAAGGUGAUACAGGAAUGCCAGGCCCAUGCAGUUGUGGUUCCAAAAAAGCAAAGUCAGCAUUCUCUGUAGCAGUUACAAAGAGUUACCCAAAAGAACGUUUGCCUAUUAAAUUUGACAAAAUUCUCAUGAAUGAAGGAGGACAUUAUAAUGCUACUAGUGGGAAAUACAUAUGCAGCAUACCUGGUGUUUAUUUCUUUACAUAUGACAUCACUUUGGCCAACAAACACUUGGCCAUUGGUCUGGUCCAUAACGGUCAAUACAAAAUAAAGACAUUUGAUGCAAACACUGGAAAUCAUGACAUUGCCUCGGGCUCCACCAUACUUGCACUUAAAGCUGGAGAUGAAGUGUGGUUACAGAUAUUUUAUUCUGAACAGAAUGGACUUUUUUACGACCCAUACUGGACAGAUAGUUUAUUUACAGGAUUCCUCAUUUACCCCGACCAAGAGUAUAUGGAUGAAAUAAAGGAAAAGCUCAAGAUCUCCAAAGCAAAAGAUGUGAGCUGAGACCCUAUAAAGAUUGGUGCUCCCAAACUAUUACCAUCAAGCACUUCUUGGACAGAAAACUGGAUAGUUUGGUAUUAUUAUUUGGUAUUGAACUUUUUUUCCAGUACAAAAAUGUAAGAUAUAAUGACGAAAUAUAUUUUACUGCCAAAUUUUUUUACUGUUUAGGGUCUAAUUGCUAACUGAAUUGGGACUAAACCCAGUGGUUGGAUGUGUGCCCAUCAGCCUAUAGGAUAUGGCCAUUGGAUACAUUUCACUAGUGUCUUAAUGUGCGCCAAUAGCAUAGUACCAUUAAAACCUAAUUGUUCAUUUACAAUGUAAUAAUAAAA